CAAAUGCCACGGUGACAUCAUCGUCAUCAGGGAGAGUCGUGGCCGCCUGUACGUGGAGUUUGGGUGCGAACAAUUUCUCCGAUUCAUCAAAAAAUGCGAGACUGAAUGGAGUAUCUGCCUUCGUAUUUAAGUAGAAUACAAUUAUGUCUUAUCCAUACCAUAUGGAGUCUGAUGACUCCUUCGAUUAUCUUUUCAAGAUCGUUUUAAUUGGCGAUGCCGGCGUUGGUAAAACUUGUGUUGUUCAGCGUUUCAAAUCGGGAACUUUCCUCGAGAAACAACACAGCACCAUAGGUGUGGAUUUCACAAUGAAAUCACUCACGGUGGAUGGUAAAAAAGUCAAGUUGCAAGUGUGGGACACAGCAGGGCAAGAACGAUUCCGGACUAUCACCCAAAGCUACUAUCGCAGUGCCAAUGGUGUUAUCAUUGCCUAUGACAUCUCCAAGAAGGAAACUUUUUACAAUGUACCACGUUGGAUUGAAGACGUACAAAAGUAUGCGGGGAACUCAGUUGCUCAAGUGUUGAUAGGCAAUAAGAAAGACUUGGAGGAUUUGCGGCAGGUAGACUUUGCCGAUGCCCAGGCCAUAGCACAACACCAUGGGAUGUUGCAGUGCCUGGAGACCUCAGCCAAGGACUCCACCAAUGUGGAACAAACGUUUACCCUCCUGGCACAAGAACUGAAGCGAAAGCACGCGGGCGGGGCUACCCUGGAUGGGGGCGACAGCUUGAAAUUGAACUACAAUGCCAAGAGGGUGGAUGGAUGGAACUGUUGCGGGUGAUGCUGGGCUGCAUCGUGACCUUUGUAAAGUAUGACCUUUGACACCUCACUGUUGACGUCUGACACAUCAGUGAUGACUCCUUGUUUAUCAUUGAUGGCCAUUAACAUCAGUGAUGAAGUCUUGCUCAUCAAUGAUGACGUAAAACAUCAGUGAUCGCCUUCAACACACCAGUGAUGACUCUUGACCUUGUGAAGCCUUCUCACCUGACCUUGUGGGGGCACAGACAUUCCAUCAUGUUGAUGGUGACCAUUGUCAUAUUUUGUCAACUUCAAGGUGACGAUGCUGACUAACUGCAUGCACUUGAAUGGAAAGGAAGAAACUUUUUGUUUUAUGAUGUAAAAGACAUGCUGCUACUUUCACAAGAUUGGUUGGAAAUCAGGCUGUUACUUUCAAUCCCUGGGCUUUCUUCUAGAACACUGCUUUGUUGUGUGUUGUUCUUCCACAAAGAUGCUAUCAACCAGCUUUCAGAGGUCAGGAUGGAAUAAGAAAUUUCCAGGAGACCGGUAUUCAGCUAUCGAUGUAACGAACUGCAGCAAUGUAGCAAUGCAGAUGCAGUUGAAAUGCUAAUUCCUUGAUGUCAUCAGCCAUUUUUUUGCCUUGAAGCCACAAUCAUGGGUGUGUCGUACAAAAAGACACUACUAGGGCACCAGACUUGUCCUUUGUUAAUUUGGUAUUUUACUGUUGAAUUCUUUGUCAGUGAACUGAUUUUGUUUCGGGAGGGUAUUGGUUAUUGAUGCAAUACGUCUAUGAAUACAAAGUUUGCACACAUGUACAUGUAUGUAAAUGUACUUGGCUCUUGGAUCAUGUCAGAAAAUAAAAAUAAAUAUCAGUCCUCAUCAUGCAAAGUAGUUUGCCAGAUCUCAAGGACUGUGAUCCCGAAAGAAGGGAAACGUCCAAAAAUGUGGACAACCUACCUUGUCUGUUGAGUGAUUUUUAUCAUUUAUUAGGAGUUACAUGUACACAUAUACGUACAUUGUAUAUUGUGUAUUUAAUCUGUGAAACUGUGAUAUGGACACCCCCUACCAAAAAAGGAAAAAAAAAAUCAACAAUUUUAGUUCUUGUUUGGUGCGUUUUUGAGCACAGCAGAAUCACAUUUGAAUUGUUCUAUUGAUCCGAUGGUGUAGUCAUGUACAUGUACAUGUUAUCAGACAAAAAAAUGUGGAAAGUGUUUAGGUGCCAAUUUUAGUGAUUUGUCUCUGUACAUUUGGCAAAGUCCCUCAUCAUUAACAUGCAGCAAAAGUAUCCUGGGCACUAUACUUCAAAUGCGUCUUGCAAAUAGCGAUUUAAGAGCUGCUGAAUUAUGACCAAUAUCCAUUCAAAGGCUGUCCUUUGUAAAAUUGUGGUAGAUUGUGACUUCCGUACAUGUACACCAUUGCCCAAAUAAAUGAAUCAUCUAGUGUGAAGACUGAAAUGUUGGCUUGUUUCCUGCCAUUUCAAAAAUUGCUGAAAGUAAUUGGUAUCUUUUGGUCUGGGUACCAUACUAAUGGUUACUGUGCAGUUCACACGUGCACAUGCAAGUGUAAGUCUUCACAUGAAAAUUCUGUCGGGGACGUUUAUGAUGAAAGCGUGGAGAUGUCAUCUAGUUUUGACAAACGGGUUUCCAUGAUGACUUAAUCACCCAUUCUGAACUAAGCAUUCAUGUAAUUCCAAACACAACUACUAGAAGUGUGUGACUGUAAUUUUAGAUACUUCUGUCUGGGAAAAGUGUGAUAAAAACAGUGUUGUGAAAAAGUUUGCUGUGGCAGGAUGAAUUGAUAUAAAUACAUGUAGUCACUGAAAACACCCAACCUGGGCUAGGCUUUAGGGUACAGGUUCAUGUCUUUCAAAAUACCUUGGUUGUGCCAAACUGUAGCAUUGAAUUGUACACCUUUAUUGUCACUGGCAAUGUACAGUGACACCACAACGUAACAGUGUACAUGUACAUGUAAUCCUUUGCAAGUCCUCACAAGUCAGACGGAAGUCAGCCAGUCUCAAGCCAAGUCACGAGCUAAUGAACUGGGACAAAAGGUAUUCCUGUCCUUUGUUGAGACCAGACUUUUCAUUCAACUCACUCUUGGCUUUUGAUUUGACUACUGAUGAACUUCACUACAAUGGCUAGGUUCAGUCAGCAACAGUAGUCAACAACUGGUUGAUUAUGCCCGGUACCCAGAAUACAUUUUGUUAACAUGUUACCAGGGAGAAUCAAUCAGUGGGUGACUUACUGUUGCUAACUGAACCUUGGACAAGUUUGAGUGAUGACUAUAAUCAACUUUAGUUUGAAAGCAUCGCCUGAAUGAUGGAUGGCCUGGACUAUGUAGUCAACUACUUGUAUUUGAGACCAGGCCCCAGGGCAUGGUUGCUCCACUGGUUUUCGGUAACCGAUUUCAUUUAUCAUUACAGAGGGGACCAUUCACAUGAAACUAACUGUAGGAGAUUUCAGUAGCCAUGUAUGUUGUGAGAAUGGCAGCCAACAGUGAAAUUUGAGCAACGAUGAGAUUUUAGAAACGAGGCCAACUAGAGUCAUUCGAGUGUAACUGAACUGCGAAUGUGAAGUGUUAAAAAGCAGUUGACUACUAGUCGAACUGAAGUCCGUGCUUGAACUUGCCCAUAGCUGAUUUGUCCUGGUACCCAUGAUGCAUUUUGUAAACAGGUUGCCAGGGAGAAUCAAACAGAUAUUAUUCGCAGCAAUAAGUCAACCAGUGGUUGAUUGUCCCCAGUGACCUGUUCACAAAAUGUAUCCUGGGUACCAGGAAUAAUCAACCAGUGGUUGACUUUUUGUUGCUGAUCGAACUUGGCCUACACUGCAGUAACAGUGUACCAGCCUACAUGUACAUGUACAUCUACCAUCAUUCUCAUAGACUACGAUUUACCACUUGAUUUUUCUUAAAGUGUGAUGCCUUGUCAUACUCGUUGGCAUUGUGUGUGAGUUUAAUACCAAAAUAGUGUGAUAUGCAAUAUCCAAAAGGUGAGAUUUAAUGCAUGCCCUUAGGAAAGAUGACAUCAUUGGGCUAUUCUUGAUCUUACAUCAAGGUCUUUACUGAAAAUAAGUUAGGUGUAUUUUAAUACAGUUAUAUGCAUGUUGGUCAUGCAUGCCUCCACUGUUGCAGGUAUGUGUACAUGGGAAGGCAUUGCAUAAAUACAUGUACAACUGAACACACCCAGGUGAUUCUUCAAAACUGUUGUGCAUAUUUUUAGGAAUGUGCGUUACAAAUUGGCUCAUUUCAUAGAGUUCCCGAACAAUGGCUAUUUGUAGAAGACAAAAAAAAGUUGCAAGACAGAGUUAGAUUUGCAACCAAACGUCAGACAAGGUGUAUGUUCUAUCUCGCAAGCGACUCACUGUGGUACUUGCUGUGGAAGGAAGUGACUUUAAUUAGGUGGGAAAAAUAAACCCUUCUUGUGAAGUCAAUGGAAUAAGUUAGAAAUAAGUUCGGUAUUAAUUUUGCUUUCAUUCUUUAUUUAGUUUGUAUGCCUUGGUUUUGUUUUAAAUUCCAUUUUUUAUGUAAGCCUUGAUUGAAACAUUGUAUUCCUGAGAGUUAUUGUUUCAUAUUGAGAAGUUUUUUUUUCUGAUGCUGAAUUUAAUUUAUUUUUGAAUAGAGUUGCAGUUUAUAUGUUCCGUUCUCAUCCAAACCUUGAAAAACGUUUACGCUUAAUAGCAAUGUGGCACUUUUGAUUAAACUCAUAAACUUGGGAGCAUUUUUAAGAGGAAUCUCAUUAAACUCAAAACAAAGAACAAACUGCCGUAAACAAAGCUUACUAGCAAAAUGUUGUAGAGGAGACGAGAACAAACACGCACAAACGCAUUUGUUAAAGAGUACUAUAAAUCGUAAAUGCUUCAGACCAUGUGCGUGUUUAGGUAAACAAAUCUGAAAGUGCAGAAAAAUUGCGUAAAAUGAAAGUUAUUUUUCUGCUUAACAAUAACAACCGACACAACAGAAGAAACUGAGAUGCACUGAACAGUUUCGUGAUGUAAACAAAUCAUGAGUGUCAGUAUGCUUUGUACUUCGGUUAAUGUUGAUAGUUGUAUGGUGACUAGUGUUACAAUGUAAAUACAUUACCAGGUAAUUAUUGAAUGUUAUAUAAUAUCCAGAAACCACAUUUAACCCACCAAAUCCGCUAACAAAUCAUCUAUGCUAAUGAAACAAAAUAUCUUGGUACAUACACAUUUGCAGUUACUGUGUUACUGUGAUAUUGAUUUGGGAGAGACCAUUGGAGCAUAAUGUGGAGAGAAUGAAAAGGGGUCAGUUGGCACGUCGACAAAAUGUUCACACCAUCAGUGUUUGGUUCUUGUGCAUGGUUAAAGUUUAUUAUUAAAAUGGUAUGGAAGCUUGAUGCGGGACAUUAUUUUGACUGGUAGUUUCCAACUAUCGAAACUACUGGCAAUCGAGGCAACCCUGUUUUGCUCUUUAUGAAAUUCCCUUUUUUUAUUGGGAUAUCACUUCAAAACAGAAACUUAUAUCACCAGCUGAGCCAACAGGAAACGUGACGGAUUUUGUUUGAAAUUAAAAAAUUAUCACAUAUCUUUGCAUAUUGCAUUUUAUUCUGUUGGUUGCACCCAGGUAUGCACAGUUUACAAGAUAAGUUGAUUUGUGGUGCAACCAUGAAUUUAUAAUCUCAUUUGAGGCUGUUGCAAGCAGCCCUGAUGAGAUUACAGAAACUCAAAUAGCACCUUCAGCAGUAGCACUUUAUGAAAACACAUUAAUAUUACUUUUCAAGUUUUGCAUGAAAACUUACACAACUUCUACUUACAUUCUGAGGUUGUUAGAUUGCAUGUCUAAUCUCGGAGGGAUGUACAUGUUAAUUUUGAGCUUUUCCUUAACACACUUGUUGCCUCCCUGGGAAAUUUGCUAUGGGCAUAUCCGGCCCUUGGUUUUCUUGAAAACGUGGAGGUGAAAGGUUGUUCAGCAAGCUGGAAUGUGAUAAAAUUAUUUGACGAGGGGUGCCAAAAGUAGAGUGUAGCAUCAGAUUUGUUGGAAGCUGUGCAAGUGUGUAUUACAUGGUCACACCUUUUUUUUUACAUUCUUGCCACGGGUGUUGGACUUUACUUUUUCUUGUGUACUGGUGGAAGGGAACUACAUGUACCAUAAUCAAUAUGAUAUCUGUAAAUCCCGACUGAACUAGAAAUCUUGCUAUGUGGCUUGGAACCAAAAAAAGAUUGCUUUUAUAAGCUUUAUUUUCCUUACAAAAUGUAUUUUUAAUGCUCAAAAAGGUCAUUUUGUGGCAAGGUUUUGGCAGUGCUUUCGUAAGUGGGAAAAUUAUUUUUAUCCUGUGAAAUAAUAAAACCAUGAUGCAUACAUGUAAUUUGAAAGUGUUUUGAAUGGCACUUGCCUUCCCGUUUUAAGUUUGGAGCCGUAAAUUGAUAUCUGCAACUUUCAAGAAAGUGCCGUAGGUUCUGUUGGCUGUGUUAGGUAACUGUGUCAUAUUGGAUAUUGACCUAAUAGCAGCCAAAUGGGAUACAUAAAAAGUGUCGUCUUUAAUACUCGGUGAUCACCUUAAAGUUUCCACAAGAUAUCAAUCAACCACAUCUCCAGUUAAGCAGCAUCCAUGCUUCAUGUAAUAAAACAUAGCUAGUGCUUCCGCAAGACUUCAUUUCCAAAUUGGGAAGCCCCUCCCAUGCCUGCCUGUAAUUGCUAAAAACUAGACCUGAAAUGUGGUCAAGCCUUGUUGACAUCUAUCUUUCCUAUGGGGGCUUGAUGGAUCGUGUUCUCUCCGUCAUAGGAAAGUGCAUGUGUAAACAAAGCAUGACAUCAUUAUGAUACAGAUCUACUGUUCAACUGCAUUUCAAGAACAAAGCAACACAAAGAAGAAGGAAACAGUUUCAAUUCUGUCCAAAUAAGGUUUGUUUUAUUUGGAACAUCUACACAUUUCCACAAUUAGUACAGCUCUCGUUAAUCCCAAAAAUGCAAUGAUCAACAACGGGGUCCAAAAUGUCAAGGCAAUUUAAGUUAAAAACCAAAUUACAGGAGCUUAAAAUCACUCAAUUAGCAUGCCUAUCUCAGUGAUUAAUCUGUUACCUAGGAAUCUAAUGCAUGAUUAACUAUGUCACCUUCCACCAUGAACUAAUGCCCAUGGACAAAAUGGUUAGACAAGCUUGCCACUGAUGCGGUUAUAUUUUGACCAACAAUGGUUUAAGUUGCAAUCUUAAUGGCCAUCUGAAAAGAUUUCUUCGACAAUUAAAAACGUGGAACACGAAAGAGCCUUUUAGAAUGAGACUAAUCCAGCCCACUGUCUGAAGGAGGAAAUGAAAUAAAAUGGUGUCUGGCUGUGUUUGAUAAAUACCACAAAAGCUUCCUUUUUAUCAGGGAAGUUAACCAAUUGUUGCUUAUGUUCAAAUCAUUAUCUGACAAGCUCGAGUGGAAAAACGAAUUUUACUUCAAGCAAAGUUGAUGCACAAUUGCCACAUUUGAUUCACAGUGGAUUCACUGGACAUGCACGGCAGCUCUGAAUUAUUUUGCAUACCGAACGCAUCAUAUCCUGAAUGUCGGAAUCAUGGAAUAGGAGUGCUGUAUGAGCCAUGGCAUGUGGGUAUAAUAUUGCACAGUCUGUUGUCAUGGAUUGACCAAUCAGGACCCAGGAAUCAAGUUUGCUUGAAAACAAUCAUGCAUAUCUUUAGGUGUCACAUUUGCACUUCCAACUUGUUCAUUUUACCAUCCUCAACCAAAAUAAAACAAUGCUACUGAAAACCUCCCCUUCCUAGAAAAAAGUAGGGAAUAUUACCAAAUACAAUAGAAUAAAUAGAUAGUAAAAUAGGUUUCAUAUGACUUGGAACUGUCAAAUGUCUGUACAACUACUUAAGAAAACAGUGAUCUCUUUUAUGAUGGCAAAAAAAGUCUAUUUACACAAUGUCAAAUAAUACAGAUGUGCAAAAGGAGCAGCCCAAAGGCAGAAUUUACACAUACAUGUACAUGUAGGUUUCUUGUUUUUUUUCAGACAAUUUUUACAUAAUCUAUAUCUGUAUGAUGUAUUCAAAAUUUGUGUACAACAGCUAUAGGAAGUAUUUAGACACAGAGGGAUAUACAAGAUUUUAGGAAAGCUGGGGUGUAUGAGCCUGUUCGUGGAAUGUCCCUCAUAUUGACAAUAACACUUGUUUUUCAGUAAAAUUCGUAAAGACCGAUUUGGCAACAAAAGUCAGGAGCAAUUACUGCAGUGUACAGAUGCGUCAAGUUGCAUGUUUCAAGUUUAGAAAUGUGAACCUGAAUGACAGGGACACUGCAAGUAAUGGCGUCAGCGAAUCGGUCUAUAGAUAAACCUCUCUCUCACAUUUGUAUACAGUUCAUUAAAAAA